UGUGGAAGCUGGUCAAAAGAUCAGAAGCAGGCCGUGAGAAUGCUGCAGAGUACUAUUUCCUGACAAUGUAAGAACUCCGAAGGACGGGUGUAAACUGGAAAAACAAAAUUCAAUUUGAAAGAGAUUGAGAAGCUUUGUGUUAGUGAUUAGAAAAGAGGGGGUGAAGAAAGAGAGGAAAUGUAUCAUCAUCAAGGCAAGAAUAGCUUCUGUUCUUCGAGGGCGUCAGUCCCACCCGAGACGCAUUUGUUUGUUCCAGGCAUGAAUGUUUCAGGAGAAACGGGACUGGUUCUCUCGACGGACACUAAACCUAGGCUAAAGUGGACACCGGAGCUCCACAAACGCUUCAUUGAGGCUGUUGAGCAGCUUGGAGGGGCAGACAAGGCUACCCCGAAAGCAGUCAUGAGGCUUAUGGCAAUUCCGGGACUCACCUUAUACCACCUAAAGAGUCAUCUUCAGAAGUACAGGCUUAGCAAGAAUCUCCAUGCACAAGCUACUAAUUUGAAUAACAAGAAUGGUUGUACAACAACAGCAGAGAGAAUGUCUGAAGGAAGAGCAGCAUUUACAAACAGUUCGGACCAUGAAUCCCCAACAAGCAAAAACUUGCAGAUAAGUGAAACACUGCAGAUGCAAGUCGAGAUGCAGAGAAGGCUGCAUGAGCAGCUUGAGGUGCAGCAGCACUUACAGCUAAGAAUAGAGGCACAGGGAAAAUACUUACAAUCGGUGCUAGAGAAGGCACAAGAGACUCUCAGAAGACAGAAUCUGGGUUCUGCGGGAUUGGAAGCAGCCAAAAUGCAACUCUCUGAAUUGGUCUCUAGUGUUUCCACUGAAUGCCUCAACUCCACCUUUUCUGAGUUGAACAGACUGGCGUGUUUGGGCACCCCGCACACACAAACAACCCAUAUUGCGGAUUGUUCGAUUGAUAGUUGCUUGACCUCAUGUGAGGGAUCCCAAAAGGACCAAGAAAUACAUAACAUUGGCAAUACUCACUUGUGCCCGAAAGAAGAGGGCUCGAGGCCUGAAGAGACUGAGCCUGCAUGGUGCAUGGACCUGACCGAAAGUAGGGCACAAAGGAUGAUGUUUCCAAUACAAAGAAACAUCAGCAACUUAUCUAUGAGUACAGUUCAAGGAGAAAGAGGGACCGGCCGCACCAUUUCUGAGGUGAGACAGAAGGAAAGAGACGCAGAAGAAGCUUGUCACGAGCGAUCGAAGACUUCUGUAACUCAACUAGAGAACGACAAGCCAGCUAAAGGAUUCAGAUUCCAAGGCCUAACAGCAGAGCUGGAUCUGAAUGCCCGCGACGAAAAUGAUGCCGCUUCAAGUAGCAAGGAGUUCGACUUGAAUGGUUUCAGCUGGAACUGAGAAAGAGAGAAAGAGAGA